AACCAGAGUCCGCCUCACUCGCUAACCGCGUACCGCGCUCACUCCAAGUCGUACUCGUUGGCGCAGCCGGCGACCGUUUGGCGCAAGAUUACCGAGUGCCUGCUUUCCCUGGCUGGUCUCUCCGCCGCUCCGCCGCGCCACACUCGUCCAGGACCCGAGCGCGAAGAAGGACGUCGCAUAGGGGGCGCGGCCACGCGGUGACUUGCAAACCCUUCCUCUCCACCUCCACGCGGUCCCGCUAGCCGCUCGGCCGCUCGCCAUGGGUCUCGCGGCGUGGGUGCAGCAGCGGUACGUGCUGUACCUCAUGCUGUUCCUCGCCGUGCUCAACAUGUACACCAUGCGCGUGUGCCUGUCCGUGGCCAUCGUGCAGAUGGCCCACGCGGAGCCGAGCGGCGACAACGCCACCGAGGCGGUGGACCCUGAGCGCUGCCCGGAGAACCCGCAGCAGGGCGACGGCGGACCCUCGCUGACGCCGCAGCCCGACGCGGCCGCCGAGUUCGCGUGGGACUCGGUGCUGCAGGGCUUCAUCCUUAGCUCCUUCUACUACGGCUACGUGGUGUCGCACCUCCCGGGCGGCGUGUUCGCGGACCGCUUCGGCGGCAAGCACGCGCUGGGCCUGGGCCUGCUCAUCACCAGCCUCACCACGCUGCUGUCGCCGCCCGCCGCCCGCCUCGGCGCCGGCUGGCUCAUCACGCUCAGGGUCUUCAUGGGGCUGGGCGAGGGCGUCACGUUUCCCGCCAUCAGCGCGCUACUGUCGCAGUGGGUGCCGCCGAAACAGCGCAGCAGGGUGGGCGCCUUCGUGUACGCAGGCGGACAGCUGGGCACCGUGCUGGGCAACGCCAUCAGCGGCCUGCUGCUGCACAACUUCGACUGGCCCAUCACCUUCUACUUCUUCGGGCUGCUGGGCGUGAUUUGGUACGUGCUGUGGGUGGCGCUGUGCUUCUCCACGCCCAACCAGCACCCCUUCAUCUCCGCCAAGGAGCGCGAGUACCUCAAUGAGCACAUCAUGCCGGCCUCCAAGCAGGCGUUCCAGGUGCGCACGCCGUGGCGGGGUAUCCUGACGUCGCUGCCAGUGUGGGGGCUGGUGGUGAUCCAGGUCGGCCACGACUGGGGCUUCUUCACCAUGCUCACCGACCUGCCCAAGUACAUGCGCAGCGUGCUGCGCUUCGACAUCGCCACGAACGGAGUGUUGUCGUCCCUGCCCUACCUCACCAUGUGGGUCAUGUCGCUGGGCAUGAGCGCCAUCGCGGACUGGCUGCUCGUCAGGAACAUCCUCACCCUGCUGCAGGUCCGACGGGUCUUCACGUCCAUCGACGUGUUGGCAGCGUCGCUGGUGUGCGCGGCGGGCAUGAUCGGGGCGUCCUGCGCGGGCUGCAACUGGCGCCUGGCGGUGGGCUUGCUGACGGCCGGGCUGGGCGGCAUGGCGGCGGCCUUCAGCGGCAUGCGCGUCAACGCCCUGGACCUCACCAGGAACCACGCCGGCACCGUCAUGGCGCUCGUCAACGGCGGCGGCGCCGUGUCCGGCAUCGUGUCGCCCAUGAUCAUCGGCCUGCUCACCCCCCACGAGACGAUGGCGGAGUGGCGGCUCACGUUCUGGGUCGUGUUCGUCGUGCUGGUCGUCACCAACUUCAUCUACGUGGCGGUCGCGCGCGCCGAGAUCCAGCCCUGGGACGCCGCCGAGGACGCCGUCGAGGAGGUCGCCGAUGAGAAGACGCCGCCAGUGAGGCCGGCCAGGCUGCGCUCCCCGUGACCGUCCAGGGUCCGGCACCACAAAGAACGCGGGACUCUCGCAGAGGAAGUGGAAAUGACGCCGGAAUGAUGUUUUUUCGUGUCUAAAUUUCAACUGAAGUCAGUCAUUUUGGCGUCAAACGACGCCACAGAGACCGUUCUCGUGUUCUUUGGGACCCGGUGACGCAGCGCCGCUACCCCGCGCCUCGAACAGCCAGGGACUGGCGCUACCCCGCGCCGAUCGAACAUCGAACACCACCGCCGAUCGGUUGUCUCCGCCGGUCUGCCUUCGUCGUCGCCGUGCCGCCAUGCGCGCGGCGCCCAGACCCAAAGUUUGUGCGGAGGGGCAGUCCAUCGACGCCAAUGCACAGUGGGCCAGAAGGCCGGUGUAGGAGGUCAAAAUUCCGGACGCGUUUUGAGCUCCAGAGUCGCUAAAUGGGACUCAAAGCGAACGUGUGACCCCACCAAUGGAUUAGAAGCGUUUCUGGCCCACUGUGCAACGCCGGACACAUGCCUUGGUGGCGCCCCUCUGCAUGACGUGGAUUACUCCCUCGAAUCCGUGGGCCGCCCCGCAGUUCGAUGGCGCUUAUUCUUGGAUGCCCCCCAAGCCGAAACAUUCCUCACGGACUUUCGGCCAAUGUUGUUACCGCAACGUGCCUUAGUUUGUCGUCAUUUUGUACAGUUCACAUGUGCUGGCCUGUAAGCAGUUUUAAGAGCGUAGACACUCUAGUGAUAAGAUGAUAAUUGUACAUUUGACCAACCUCGAUGUUCACCAUUUAUUGCAAGCACAGCAUCCUGUUUGUCAAUGAUUAGUGUGCCUUUUCCUUUCAGCAGAUGAUGCCUUUACUUCACUCCCCUGUGGUCCACGAGCAGUGAAAUUUAAAAUACAAAGAGAUCUGAGUCUGCUCGUGCAAUGAAUGUUUUUUUUCAAAUGUUAGACCUUAAGUUAAUCAAUGUCGUGUAUAUUAAAAAAAAUCGACGAAAAUAAAAAAAGACUUUGACUUA